AGUGGGUCAAAGGUCGGGGAAUAGGGCCUGCGCAGAGUGAAGGGGCCGGGCAAGAUGGCGGACAAAGAGAAGAAAAAGAAAGAGAGCAUUUUGGACUUGUCAAAGUACAUCGACAAGACUAUCCGCGUGAAGUUCCAGGGAGGCCGCGAAGCCAGUGGAAUCCUGAAAGGGUUCGAUCCACUCCUCAACCUUGUGCUCGAUGGGACCAUUGAAUAUAUGAGAGACCCUGAUGACCAGUACAAGCUCACGGAGGACACGCGCCAGUUGGGCCUGGUGGUGUGCAGGGGCACAUCUGUGGUGCUCAUCUGCCCGCAGGACGGCAUGGAGGCCAUUCCCAACCCCUUCGUCCAGCAGCAUGAUGCCUAGCAGCCAGCACAGUCUCCACAGCACCCACCAGCACUGGAACAGAAGGUCUUUCCUUUUUGUAUAGGUUAAACUUUUGUUUUCUUAAUAAAACUGCAAACCUCAA